CACCGGGGCUGUUACCACCGUCCUCUAUCUUCAGCCAUGAAGACCCUGUUAGCCACGCGCUAUGUGACCAUCCCCGAGGGCGUCACCAUCGACGUGAAGUCCCGCGUCGUGACCGUCACGGGACCCCGGGGAGAGCUGGUGCAGAGCUUCAAGCACCUCAACCUCGACUUGCAAAAGUCGGGCAAGAACAAGCUGCGCGUGGACCUCUGGUUCGGCAACCGCAAGCAGCUUGCCUGCAUCCGCACCAUCUGCUCGCACGUCGAGAACAUGAUCACCGGUGUCACCAAGGGCUACUUGUACAAGAUGCGCUUCUGUUACGCUCACUUCCCCAUCAACGUGUCCAUCACGGGAAAGACCGUCGAGAUCCGCAACUUCCUCGGCGAGAAGCGCGUUCGCAGGGUGGAGCUGGCCCCUGGUGUGGACUACGUACGUACCUCGGACGUUAAGGACCAGAUCGAGCUCAGCGGCAACGACAUCCAGGCCGUUUCCAUGACCGCGGCGCGCAUCCAGCAGUCGACGUCGGUGAAGCGGAAGGAUAUCCGUAAGUUCCUUGACGGUAUCUACGUGAGCGAGAAGCUCAACAUCGUCCAGGAGGAUGAGGGCUAAGCCAAACCAAGAGACGCGGGAGAGAACGAACGCCGAGCUAACCUCUUGCAACUCCCCUCGUGGAUGAACAGGGAAGCUUUUGCUUUCAACAGGCGGCUUGUGUGGAUUAUGCGGGAAGAACAAGGGUGUUGGUGGUCGCCACGUCGAGACACUCCUGUCUUGAGGAGUGCUUGGCGGCGGCGUGUUCUUUCGUCCCUCGCCGGAUGGGCGCGUUGCGUUUCUUUCGAGCGCGGUUAGUUUCGAUUGGAAGGUUUAGGCUUUUCGCGAAGGUCUGCCCUUGUUACCGAGGACGGUGGUGAAAAAAAAAACAAAAAAAACUCGUCUUGCGCUUACGCUUGUGUGUGAGCCCGUGAUUGUCGUGCUUGUCGAACACUUUAUCAAAACCCAGUCUUGCAUGGAGCGCGUUCCACGCGAUCACUGGGCACACCAACC